CUUUAUUAUCAAGCGUCGAUUUCAUUUUGAGUUGUUGACUAGUUUUUCCGUCGUAUUGUUAUUUGUGAUUAAAGAUUGAUUAUUAAAAUUCAUAAAUUGUGCUCAUUUUGUCUCCAUAUAUUUAUUAAAUUAUUUUUUGACUUUUCUUUUCUAACAUGCGGUAGUUAAAGCAAUUAGUAAAAUUUUAUAUUAGAAGCCGGUAUCAAGGAAGAACCCUCCAAAAUGUCGGGGAAAGCAUAUACAAUAAAAGAAAUGAAAUCCAUAGUGGAUUAUUUGACAGAACACAAGGCUUACAACGAAAUAAAGGGUAGAAAGAUGUGGGUGGAUUUUGAAAGGUCAAAGGUUUUAGAUCGGACAUGGCAAAGUUUGAAAGAAACAUUUCUAAAGCGUAUUCUCCCUGAUAUUCAUAAUCCAUAUUAUCAAUUAUCAGUGACACAGAUCAGCAGUUUUAGAAAUGGGUAUGAUGUAGAAGCAAAACUCAACAACAAGCUAGAAAUAAGGACUGUAAGUGAAGAAUCAAACAUAGAUAUUGAGCAGGCAAUAAAUACAGAGCAUCCCAGUACAAGCAAUGCUAAUGCAAGUGGAAAGAAAUCAGGUGAGGAUACAAUAUCUACAAAAACCAUAACCCAGCAUAGAUCAUCAGCUGAAACUGUUGUAAUUGAUACUUGUUAUGAUACUGCUGAAGAUAUACAAAAGGAAUUGGAAGGUAUAAAUGACGAGAAAAAUAACAGCAGUCAAACAACACAAAAAUCAUUACGCGAUUUCAUAACUUAUUCAGAACCACUGAUACCUGCAAUCCAAGAUGUAAUUAAUGAUUUUGCAACCGAUGAAGAGUCAGAUACUGUAUCUAAGAUGGAAAUCGUGGAAAAUAUUAACACUGAAAGUUCUAAAGCCAUUAAUGAAACAACAGAGGCAAUUGUAAUUUCGGACACAGAAGAUGUAUGCGAUCAAAAUGUAUCCCCAGAUCAAUCUGAAAAGAAUGUAAAUGAUCAAGAUAAUGAAGUUACAAUAGAAAACAAUGAGCAAUUGAAUAAGACAGGGCAGGUGACACAAACCGCAACCGAAACAUCUGUUCAGGAAAUCACAUCAACGGAAGAUGUUGUAACUGUCCAAAGUUCUAGUGACCUUGCUUCAGAACAAGUGACUUUUAUCGAUACAGACAAAAACAAAGAAAUUGUGACUUCUAACAAUGCAGAAGAUAUCAGAAAUUCUAUACAAAAUGAACCUGAGAAGAUAAACAAUGGUGAGGAGAUUAUAACUCAAAAUACAACUGGUAAUACAACAGACUCAAUAAUUCCUAAUAAUCAAGAAGCUUUAAAUACUCAAUGUGAAAUGGUCAGUCAAACCAAACAUAAUGAGUCUAAAACUACUGAGAAUAGUCAAGAAAAUCAGUCCAAAUCUACUGAGAAUAAAGACAAUCAGUCCAAACUUACUGAGAAUUAUGAGGAAAAUCAGUUUAAAUCUACUGAGAAUAGUAAAGAAAAUCAGUCCAAAUCUACUGAGAAUAAUAAAGACAAUCAGUCUAAACCUACUGAAAAAGACAAAGAAGCGCAAUUCAAAAUUAACGAAUCAAAUAAAAGGAAACGGGCAACUUCUCAAGGUCCAGCAGUUCCAAAAGGUAAAAGGAGUUUAAUAAAAAAUUCAAAGCCUUUUUCAGUGUCUGAUACUGAUGUUGGAAUUAAAGAAAAUCAGAAAGACAAUAACAUUGUAACAAAAACAUAUUCAAAACCUAAGCCUAAAAAAUUAAAAAUGGCUAAUACAGAAAAGAAAGAGGAAAGCAUACCUGAUAGAAACACAAAGGAGUUAGAAAAAGUAACAGAGAUCAAUGAGGAUGAAAUUCCAGCAACAGAUGUAACAAAAAUACAGCCUACAAAGAAUAUCAGCCCCGAGAUUCAAAAUCCUUGCUUGAAAAGUGUCAGCUUGUAUGAAGAAGAGUUUACAUCGACCAGAUACACCGAAUCAAGUGACGCAGGUGUACCAGAAACCAGAGAAAGGCCGAAAGAAAGAAAUACAGAAACCAAAAAUUCCGAUAACGAUAUAUUACAGUUAACAUCCCACUCAGAAUCGCACUCAGAGAGUGAACUUAAAAGAAAAUCUCCACCGGUACACAGAGUUCCCAUUAAAUCUGAAAGGGAGAAAAUAUUAGCUAAUGUGUUUGGAUUUUCUAGCGGUGCAACCAGACACGGCCGUAAACGACGCAUAAGUCAUCGGAAAUCGGCGCCUCGACAACCACGUACCAGAUUAUUAAGUUCAGACUCAAGUGAAUGGACUUCAGAGAGCGACACAGAAUAUGUUUCUCCGCCGCGUGGACGAAAAGACAGACAUCCAAAAAAAUAUCUAAGACAAAAACCAGCCCGAAUAUAUUCUCUUGAAGAAAACGGCGGUUUAUUUGUAAUGCAUGGAAAGAAAAUAUAUCCCGUAGUGAAAGACGGGAAACUAGUCAAGGGAUAUGUCACUUACGCUUCAGAACGCGAUUCAGGUGACGAAGACGAGUCUUAUUGGAAACAUAAGUAUAUUGAAGAAAAGAAACGAGCAGCUCAAUUGACUAAACUGCUCCGCCAAUCAGAAAACAACAAUCAACCUCAAAGUGAUAGAUGUUCAGAAGUUGAUCUAACAAAUCCCAGUCCGCCAAAGAAACAGAAAAUAUCUACACCUCAAAUGGAAACUAAACUAGAAACUUCUGCAAUACCAGAAAAUAUACCAAAUAAAACUGCACCAGAAGUACAAAAAGAACCUGCGUUACCGAAAGAAGUAGUUCGUAAUGAGCCUGUUAAAAUUAAAAUAACGAAACAGAAUAAGGAAAUAGAAUUAGAAGGUCACUGGUCUCAACUACACCCAAUCUUUGACCAUGUGUAUGAAAUAUUCCACAAACAAGUUGAACCUGUAACGGAAUCAAAACCUUCACCUCCCUCGAAACAGUCUAAAACCUGCCUCAGUGGACUGUCUACCCCAAUUAUACCACAUAUAGACCCAGCAGUGACGCACGCCACGGUCAGUAAACUGGAGACGGAGAUAUUUGCAGAGAUCAAUGCUCGCGACAAAAUUGAAAGAAGCAUCACUCCCCUGUCAAUAUCCAGUGACUCCUCGAAACUGUCCAAAAGAAAUGAGCAAACAGAAAUAAGUAAAAAGUCUAUAAUGAGUGACCCACGGACACCAGAAAUAGAGAAAAAUGAAUUAAACUCAUCUAAUGAAGUGGAGAAAGAACGAAAUAUGAAGAAAGUACAAAAUGUGGAGAAAGAACAGAAUGUGGAAAAACUGGCUUCAGGAGAUGGUGAAAAUAAAACAUCCCCUACUACUGUGCCGAAACGAGUUACAAGAAGAUCCAUGAAUACUCUUCGAGAGAGCACUGAAAGUAAAGUAACUACAAGAACAAAGAAGAGCAAAGAGCCAGCCGAUGUGACAGAGGACGAGACCAACGUGAGAUACAAGUUCCCUUCCCCGCCGCGCUCCGUCAGGAAGGCUACGAGAUCCACCGCCAACAAAACGAAACAUACAAAAACUAAGAAUACAUACGUCAAGAAAACCGCGGCUGUUACAACGUUGGAUACCGCGAUUUUGAACACUAUAGAAAGCAGUCAAGGGUACCAGGACUCUGAUGUAAGUCCGCCAAAACUGCUUAGAAAAAGAAAGUUAAGAAGAAACACGUUAAGCGACAAAAUAAGACCAAUCAGUCGGAAAAAUAAUCGUAGGAGGAGUCAAUUGAAUUAUUACGAAAUGUCCGAUCAAUCGAGCAACUCAUGUCCAAAUCUUGGUUUGUCAAAGUCAAUACAAAAGGAAGGAUUCAGUUCAAACUCAGAUAUCUAUAGAUCGGAGUCAUUACAGUUGUUGAUGCCGAAAGCGAAAAUAAAUAUCGGAAUGAACCCAACAAAUGCAGUGUUCAAUGCAUUCUCAGAGGAAUUAGAACGAAUAAUAAAUAAUGCUAGUGAAAAUAAUGCUGAACUACCUUCUACUGAUAAAGAUUUACUUACACUUGCAAACACCUCUAAUGGUAAUAGUUCCAGCAAUGUGUCUUUACCUCCUUCUCCCAUUCUAUCUAUUGUAGAAAAUUUAUCCAUCGACAAAAAUUCUUUGAAAGGUUUCUUCGAUGAUAAUGUACAUGGACAUCAAAUAGAAGAAUGUAAUAACGAUCUUUUAACUAAUGAAGACGUGACAAUGCUAUUAAUGGGACCGGACUGCGACAACCAAGCUACAACGUUAAAUGCAGAACAAAAUAACAAUCAAAACAGUGAAAAUGCGAUGGACACAGAUUCUAUCUUAAAUAAAUUGUGCACAGUAAAUUUGAAUCAAGAUAAUCCUACAAUAUCAGACAGUUUACACCAAAAGAUACGUAAUCUGCUUCUAGAAAGUACGAAAAAAAUACAACCAAUACCACAAAUUAUAGUGCCUAGAGACAGCAGUGCAAUGGAUGUAGAUAAUGGCAUAGAAGUUGACAAGAACAAAAGAUCAAAUAAACGUUGUUCUACGCCACUAAAGCGCCAAAUCAGUAAAAAGACAAAAAAGAAAAACCCUAGUAUAGAAGCAUUUAUCGAAGAAGAACAUACAGAUUCUUGUUCACAAAGUGCAAGGAGAUCGUGUCCCCCGUUAACAUGCAAUUCAUCUAACGUGGAAUAUUUAAAUCCAGAAUCUGCCAAUCAAACUACAAAACCGCGAAAUUCAAGAGGUAGAAAGAAAAAAGAAGAUAUUAUCAAAGUUAAAAUUCUCAGACCUAAAGCUAGAAGUCAUUCGAGGGAAAUUUUAAGAAAACAAGAUAAUAAUAGAGAAACCAAAUCUGUACAUGGUGAUAGUGGAAUAAAUGAGACAGAAUCCAGUAUACAUCAGCAGUUAGACAAAAGUGUCGAACUUAUACAUAACCAUUCUGAAACAUGUUUACAAACAGACGAAUGUUUAGAUAAUAGCGUAGAAUACGUUGAAAGUCACAAAUCUCUUAUAUGCGUUACUGACUCGGAUCUUUCUAAUAACAUUGAAAUUGACAGUCAGGCGGGCACUGACUUCGUCAAACACACACAAUGUGAACUUUUAAUAGGUGAUAGUGCUGCAAAUAUUUCGUGUAAUGUUAUACAACCUAUUCCAGCAAAUGUAAGUUGUAAUGAAACAUUGCCAAUGCUAAGUAGGGAAUCUCCCAAUAGCCUUAUAACAGAAGAUCUAUCUGAACCGGAUCAAGAGCAAAUUUCUGAUAGAGCUUCAAGAUGGUAUCUUUUGUCUGAAGAUGAAAAUACAAACACCAAUUUACCUCAAAAUUUUGACUUUGCAUCUGAUCUCGAUAAACUAUUUCCCGUCGCUUGUGCUGUACCCAAUUUAUCUACAAUAACAGAAAUGUCUAAGGAUAACGACAAUAGACCGGUAGACCCGGACGGAGACACGAGAAAUGAUUUACUUUCGCAGAGUCUUUUUGAUAGUAAUUUUUAAGUUUUUAGAUAUCAAGUUUUAAAAAGUAAACAGAGUAUUAAUUAAACAAACUUCAA